AAUCAACAACAACAACAACAACAAUUUCCCAAUAUUAUCAAUGUUGUCCAGAAUGGUGGACAUUACAAUGAUCAAUAUUAUCGAAAUGAUGGUAAUAAUGGUAGAUCGAAUAAAGUAUUUAAUAAUAAUGAAAAAUUGGCCAAAAUUUCAAAUCACAUAGCACAACAUUCAAUAUCGUCUUCGUUAUCAUCAACAACAACAUCAAAUGCGGUGGCAUUGUUUCGUCGAUCAUCAACAUUAUCUACAAAUUCAUCAUUAGAUUCGAUAUCAAUUUCAUCGCCAUCAACAUCAUCGACUUUGAACCAUCAUCAUCAUACAAGAAAUCAUUAUCAUCAUAAACAACAUAAUAAUAACAUUGAUAAUAAUAAUAGUUAUAAUUGUCAUUAUGAUCGAUUAAAUAUUUCCCAUCAAUUCAACCAAAACGGUUACUUUGAUCCAUAUACACGACAAAAUUCAAUUAAAAACAAUAUUGAUGGUUGUCAAUAUUCGAAAACAAUAACUUCUUUUAAUUCUGAUCAAUCAUUCAAUGAUUCGAAUUCAAAUUUCACACGAAAAUCUUGUUUAAAAUCAAAUCAAUCUAAUGGUUUGAUUUGUCCGAAUCCAACCAAAUUGUCAACACCAUUGAUUGAUGACAUUGGCAAUCAUCAUCAUCAUCAACAACAACAACAAAAUAUUUAUGGUUUUUCCAAUAAUGAUAAAGUUUUGACAACCACCAACAGUGAUUCAAAUAAAUCCAAAAUCAUUGUUGUUGAAUCAACGAAUAAUCAUUAUCCUGUUUUUAUUUCCAAUUCAGAUAAUAAUAAUCAUUGUUUAUCAUCUAUUAUCGAUUCGAAUAAAACAAUCAGCACCAAUAAUAGUAUACAAACUUUGCCCACAACAAUCAUUAAUGGUCAUUAUGUUACCAUUGAUGAUAAUACGCCCUUAUUAUUCGAUAACAAUCAAUAUGGUCAAUAUACGAAUGGUAAUUACAAUCAUCAUUAUAAUUAUGAUAAUAAUGAUAGCCAUUUAUCAGCCUUAUCAUUACUAUUGAUGACGAAAACAGUCGAUUUAGAUGUUGAUAAUCGUGAUAAAAAAUCAAUAUAUUUAUUGAGCAACAAUCGGUUGCAAACAAAUACAUCAGCCACGUCUUCCGUUUCAGUUUACGAUUUAAAUCAUCAUCAUCAUCAUUCCCCUACCACCACCACCACCACUUCCUCAAUCACAGCUGUUGCCCACCAUUAUUCACCUCCUACCUUUUCAUCAUCAUCUUCAUAUAUCGCACCAACGUCGGCGACAACGAUCUCAGUGAAUACAACAAAUACUCAAUCAGAACCUCAACGCCAUCCCGAAUUAAGCAAACAACAACAGCAACAACAAAAAGAUUCAGAAACCUAUACAGAAUUACUUCGAUAUCGAUCUCAAGAAUUUUAUAAUAAAUUAGCUCAACAACAACGAUUUCAAUCACAUCAUUCACCUGGUCCAGGUAGCUCUUCCAGUUGUUCGAAUCGUACAAACGAAACAAUCUAUGAUACAUCAUCAUAUAAUAAUCAUUUUAAUGGCCAGCAACAAUUACAGCAACAAAAAUUAUCAAAUUCACAAAGUCUUGUCAAUGUUCAACAAUUGGAAUCGAAUCAAAAUUUGCUGACAUUACCUACAAUAAACACACAAAUACAACGACGACUUACCAAAGAAUUUGAAUCAUUACGUGAUCUUUCUAUACCACCACCUGCAUCAUCAACUUUAUCAUCGACAGUGAAUAUAGCCGAUAAUGGUUCUCGCCAAUCAAAUCAUUAUCAAAAUUCAUCGAUAAAUAGUUCCACUAUAAGCAAUCACCGUAAUCAUUUUGUUCAUUCACAUCAUCUAAAUCAUUUGAAUUCUUCAUCUUCGUUGCUGCGUUCAAAUUCUUCCUUAUCACUUAGCCAUCAUCAAAAAAAUAAAGGCUAUCAUUUAUUACCUAAAUCGAAUAUUCAUUCAGGUCAUAACCUUUUACCUGCAUUAUCAUCAACAAAUUUAUCGCUAUCUUUGAUGCCGUCUUCAACAUCUUCAACUUCAACGUCGGCAACGACUACGACGAAUGGUUUUGCCGCUUUGGCUACGAUAGAUCGUCGUUUGACAACUAGUAGAAAUGUGAUUGGUGCUCCAGUAUUAUUACCAUCAUCUUCAUCAUCGUCAUCUUCAUCUACAAAAGUUAUGAAUUCAACGAAUGCUGCCGUCAACAAUCCUUCUGGUACAUUGGAAUCACAUUAUAAUUCAUCGUCAUCACCAACAUCGAUUUCUUCUGGUCUACAGCAUGCCUAUUCAUAUCAACAAGCCAAAGUUGCUCAACAUAUUGUCCAUAGUACUGAUCAUAAUGGUGGUGGAACAAUUCAAACUUCUCAGCCACAACUGAAACGAACAUUAGCUGUUGGCAAUAGUAGUACAUCAGCACCGACUACACCUCAAAAACCAUUAUUAUCAAGAUCGAAUAGUUCAAAUCCAUCAACAGCUUCAUCAAAUUUACAGCCAGUACCGAUACAAACAUACCCAACAAAUUCUCAUAAUCAAAUUAACAACAACAACAAUUUACCUCAAUCAACUAUAUUUGGCCAUCCACAACAUUAUUCACCCGUAUCCAAUCAUUUAUCAAAUGUUUCAUUAAAUCAACGACAUGCCAAUAAUUCAAAUAGUAUGAACAUCUCACGUUCAUCCAAUUCAUUGUUAACAUCCGGCCACAAUGCUACAACCGGUAAUGUUAUUGUUGGUAAUCAUAAUCAACAAACAAUUCAUGUGCCUGAUCACAAUCAUCUUUAUCAUCAAUAUGGUACUGUGAUUGUUCCUCCAAAUGUUGUCACCAACAACAAUAACACUAAUAAUAAUCAACAUUAUGUUACAAAUGUUGGAAAAUUGUCUCAAAAUCAACAACAAUCAACGACAAUGAUUCAAUCGCAACAAAUUUCAACAAAAUAUAAUUCAAAUCCAAAUGAAAAAACAAAUGGUGGAUUAACAGUGAUAACACCUUGUUCAGUGAUAUCAACAACAACAUCAUCAACAACGACAACAACCACAUCAUCAUCAUCAUGUAAUCAACGAUAUACACAAAGAUUUCCUAUCGUUUCUUUGAUCACAACAACAGCUACAACAUCGACAACAACAAUGUCAACAUCGAUGAUUCAAUAUCCAACACAGCAAUCAAUUUAUUCUUCAAAUGUACAACAACAACAACAACGUAAAAUAACGAAUAAUCAACCACCAAUAAUUAAUAGUUUAUCAAGAAGUUUUUUCGCAAAUUCUACUAAUCUUUUUGAAUCGAAAAAGAAUAAAUUUUUUGGUUCAGUAUCAUCAAUUGAUCUUCAGUGCCUAAAAGAAUCGCAAAAAGUUUCGGUGAUUGAAAGGAAAUCCUCUUCGAAUAGUACGACGACAAAUACUACUUCGAAUAAUAAUAAUAAUAAUAAAAUUGCAGCCGUUUCCAGUAUUGGUGGUCGUCAUCAUGGUAGUUUAUUGAAAUCUAAUUCAUCAUCAUCAACAACAAAUUCAUCUUCUGGUUCAACCGGAGGAACGGGUGGCGGUGGUGGAAGUGCAGCGAGUAAUUUUUUCAAAUUAUUCACUUCAUCAUCUAAAGCGAAAAUACCUACAUUUGGAUUUUCAUCUUCUUCAUCGAACAAUAACAACAACAACAACAACAAUAAUGCCUCAACACAUAAUAAUCUCGAUCAAAAUACAACGAACAAUGUUGGUGGUGGUUCAACAUCAUCAACAAUUUCAUCAAAUUCAUCACUCAAUACAGUCACCAUACGUGCAGAUUCUAUAUUGUCCGGUUCGAAUGAUCCUGAAUCAAAUUCUAUCGAUAAUCAUCAUCUUACAUAUGAAACGACUGGUAGACUUGAUCAACAUCGUCAACAACAAUAUAAAAUGGUCAACGGACAUGAAACAAGAUUGACAAUCAAAUCAAUAUCGGUCGAUUCAGCCAAUCCUGAUAAUAAUUCAAUAAAUCAAUCUUUAACAGCAACGAUUGUUCUUGAACCGGUCAUGCCUUCAAAUGAAAUUCUAUUUCGAAAAUAUUUCACCUUUUACGAUUUGUUAUCUUCGAUUAAUCUGCAUAGGCUAUUUGUUGAUAAUUCUAUUUCGAAUCUUGAAGGACCAUGUUCUUCGCUGUUAGAUUUGACGAGAGGAACGACACCUACCAACAAUGGAAACAAUUCAACAACAACAGUAACGGUGAAUCCGAAUUCAAAUCAAACAGUCACAACGUUCGAAUCAUCAACAUUAUCAUCCACUUCCUCAUAUUCAUCCUGUACCUCUUCCAUGUCAUCAUCAUCACAUCAACCUACUACUGCAAAUUCUCGGCCACAAUUAUACCAAUCAUUGACCAAACAUAAUUAUAGUCAAUUUCCUGUUCCUUUGAAUCAGACCGAUAUUGGUAAUGAAUUACUCGCACCUAGUCCCAAUUUUCUUAACGAAAUUGGAUGCGAGCGGCAAUACUCUAUCGAAUUAACAUGGAAUAAUGGUUUCAAAGAAGAGAUUCCUUCGUCAAUGUUACAACAGCAGCAACAUGAAGAAGUGUCAUUUGAUUCAUCCUCAUCGUAUCUAUUACGAAAUACCACCGAAUCCUCAUCCUUGUCAAAUAAAAAUUCCUCAUCGAUUGAUGUACCAAGACAAUUUCAUCCUCCAUCUUAUUCUAAACGAAUCAAUAUAUUCAGUGAUGCAUCACCGUUUGUUGCGUACACGCAGCAUUCGGUUAUGUCUGAUCUUUAUGGUGGUGCUAACACCAGUGGUACAUUACCAUUAAAUCAUACGCAUUCUGGUGCUAAAAAAUUGAGCGAUCUAGAUUUUCAAGAUCUUGAUGAUGGUUUCGGAUCAUUAUCAUCUGCAUCGUUGUCAUCAACAUAUCCAGGCAUGACAAAUCUGGUCGGUGGUGGUUCGUGUUCACAAUCUUCUACAUUUCAACCAUCUCUUCAACCGGGUUCACAUUCCCGAUGUCCAUUCGGUUCAACAGCCGAAGUCUGUAAUUUACUUGAGAUGGACUAUGGUACUAGUUACUAUAGGACACAUUUUCGUGAUUUUGAACAUCAAAAUUGGUUACAAAUCAAUGAUAAAUACGGACCAAUCAUUGUUUCGCUUCGUAAAGAACGUGUAAAAACAUCAAACAAUUCAGCAAUAUCAUCAUCUUCAUCGAAUCAUUCUUCAUCUUCCUCAUCGAAUUCAAAUUCUUCCAAUGUUACUAUCAGAUGGAGGGUGAUUGUUCGUACAACGAGUCUGAUACCUUUGCGUGGAACUAUUGCUACUCUUCCAUCGAUCUGUUUGCCUACAGGUAUGCCAGGCAGCGGUUCAUUAGAUGCUAGUAAUAGUAGUUCCCGGCGAUCAUCGAAUUCCGAUCAUUUCAAUAUAAAUAGUGUUCGUGAUGUAUUAUCAUUGGUUGUGCCCAAAAGUGUCAAUGUUGCCAAUUUCAGACUCGGUUCACCUACUGUCAUAUCACAAUUGCUCAAGAUUGAUGAAAUGUCUCAAAAUACCGAAUAUAAGAUUGGCGUACUCUAUGCAUAUGGUAAUCAACAUAGUGAAGAGGAAUUCUACAAUAACAUACUUGACUAUUCUUCAUCGACGAGAAGCUCAUUUUAUGAUUUUCUUGGCCUGAUAUCCAGUCGUAUUCGCUUAAAAGAAUUCAAAGGAUACAAAGCAGGUCUUGAUGUACAGAACGAUACUACGGGUGAAUAUUCUUGGACUGCCAAAUUCGGCCAUACUGAAAUCAUGUUUCAUGUUUGUACGGAGCUUCCUUUCAACAGCACAAAUAGACAACAACUUCCUCGAAAGCGUCACAUAGGAAAUGACAUUGUGACCAUAGUGUUUUUGCAUGAAAAUUUCAAUGGUUCUCCUUUUACACCAGCUUUGAUCAGAUCCAAAUUUCAACAAGUCUUCAUUAUUGUCAAACCAUUCCAAAAUGGAAAGUAUUUUCGAGUAGCAAUAGCACGUCAUAAGCUGGUUCCAUUGUUCGGACCACCAGUCAAACCUUAUUAUACACGUCAAGAGUUAAGAGAAUUUAUUCUAACUAAAAUCAUAAAUGCUGAAAAUGCAUGUCAUUCGGUCAAUAAAUUUGCCGAAAUGGCCAAACGAACUCGACAUGAAUAUCUGACAGAAAUGUGUCAGAAACAUUCAUUAACACAAACGGUUGCCCAUGUCGAUUCAAGUCUAAGUUCUAAUUCGUUGAAUUCGUUCAAAAAAUUAUGGACUCUAAGUGCAACAAAUAAUUCAUCAUCAGGCAAUGAUCAUUCAUCGUCAAAACAUCGAAGUAAAUCCGAACUUAUUGAUGGAAAUUCAUUGAAUCAACUGCCUUAUGUUGGCCAUAUUCUUAACGGUAUUAGAGAUCCUCCUACGUUAAAUGGUGCAAUUCUUUUUUCUGAGCGAUGCGCAGGUUCUUCAGUUCCUUCAAGAUUAUAUGUCCAUGAUUACUAUGCUAAUCGUGAUGUCGAAGUGCAACUUCUUUUGUCAAAUGAAGCAAUUCUGGUCAUAGAAGCGGCUACAAUGGAAGUUAUCUGGGCUGCCCCUGUUACUUCGAUAAUUGGCUGGACCGAUUCUCGUGGUGUUUUUGCUACAUCAUCUGCAAACUGCGUCAUAUCAAAUAUUCGUCAAACAGCAUCAACUUCAAACUCAGGUGGUAGUUCCAUAAACAAGCUAUUUGGUGAUAAAAAAUCAAAAUCAGUUGAUUCUGAACCUUCAGCCAAUCAUUGCUCAAUGCUAAACGAUUCCAGUCGUGAACUUCGAUUGUAUUAUCAUCAAGGUGAAUGCAUUCAACUAAUGCAACGUCCAAUAAAUCCAGCUUUAAAACAAAAUCAGAAUGAACCUAGUUUGGUGAAUGGAAAAUUAUCAUCCAAACAUCAGCAUCAAAAUUUAGCUAAUCAACGAAAUAAUGAUCCAUUUUUGAUGUUGAUUCGUGUACUCGAAUUGAUCACCUGUAAAUCUGAAUUAAGAGCCAUUGUUAUCAAACGUAAAUCAUCAGCAACACGAUCUAUUACCUCAAAAUCCGCUUCCAAUACGCCAGAACAUCGUAAAUCUUCACCACCACAUUCAUUGUCCAAUAUUGAACCAGUUGGAACAUGUGGCGGUGAAUUCGGUUUUCAAAUGAAAAUGUCAACCGGCAUCAUUGAAGAAAUUUUCGAUCAAACACUUUCUAUUUAUCAUUUAGUUCCAGGAUGCAAAGUCCUUGAAAUCGACAAGAUAAGUUUCGCUGCUAUGGCAAUGGAUGAAUUGCAAGAGCUGGUCAAUUCUUCAUUGAUCAUGUGUCUAACAUUUACUCCAUAUGAUUUUGCUCGUCUUCAUCCUCGAUGUAAUUGCCCGUGGCCAAAAGCCCUUCAACUUCAACACAAACAAAAGUCUCAGCAAACUCCUCCGAGCGAUUACGAAAAUGUAACAAAAAGUCUAACAAAUACACCAUUAAAAUCUUCAUCUUCGAUGAUUGUUUCUUCGUCAUUUUUACCAUUGCAAACUUCUGCAUCAUCGACAACAUCAUUAUCUGGUCCGAAUUCUGGAGUGAAAACGAUUCAUAUUACUCAGAAUAAUUCAAUAAAUCAACAAAUCGAAAGUAAUGUUCCUAAUGCAUCAUCUCCAUCGUCUACAAAUUCAAGCUAUUAUUCACCGAAUACUGUAGCAACAAGCAAUAGUAAUCAACAAUCUUAUAAUAAUAGCUUUUCAAUUCAACAUGGUCAACUGUCUCAGCAGCAGCAUCAGUUAUAUUCAGCAAAAUCUGCAACAAGCUUAAAUCAAUUGUAUCAUCAACAACAACAGCAACAAUCGCCAAUUAAAAUUGCAUCAUCUGGUCAAAAUCUUUCUUCAUCUCCUUUAACGACUUCAACUUCUCUUUUUAAUCAUCAACAGCCAUAUCGGACAUUGUUAGCAAAUAAUAAUCGUUCCGCACAUUCACAAACAGCGAUUACGACUCAACCUUCUACGUUGAAAGAUAAUUUGAUUAGAUUGAUCACGAUGGAUGAUUACAAUCAAAAUGUUUCACCAAUGGAUUCACCAUCAGCCAAAAGCGAUUUAAAUGAUGUUACCCCUCUUGUUGUGGGAAUUGGACAUCAAACCAAUGAUAUGUCUGACGAUGCAGCUAAAACUUAUUAUGGCCAUUGUCAUGAGACAAGCUCUCGUCGACCACAGACAAUUGGUGGAGGUCAAUAUAGUAUUACGACUUCAAACACUCCUAUUCACAACUGCCAACAACAACAUUAUCGUUAUUCGACAGGACCAAAACAUGACACAGAAUCGACAUAUAGUUCAUAUGCACCAAUCGGGCCAACAUCGAAUUGCAGAUAUUCAACUUCGUCGCAAUAUUCUUCUCAAAGUCGAACAUCGUCAGGUUCGAAUGCACAGACAACAAUUCAUGUCAAUGCUAGCCAUAUAACAGUACCAGUCAUUUCUGGACAGCAACCACAACAACAACACACAAUGUUAGUGCGAACCGGACCAUAUGGUAAAGAAUCCACUACAGAUUUGAAAAAUUCAUCUAGUUCAAGUAAUCUAACAUCAGUGACAGCAACAUCUGAAAAUAAUGAUUGCUAUUUGCUCACAGCUCAACCUGUUCGUGUGGAUGCCUCAAAUGGAGCUUCAAUUACAAGCUCAUCUACGGCUAAUAAUCAGCCUCAACAACAGCAACAAGUUGAAUGUGUAAAUGAUGAAAUAAUCAAUGUUAUUGCACCUACAAACACGGCAGUAUCAAAUAAUUCAAUGAUGAGUCAAUCGUAUGAUUGUAAUAGCCUUUAUCAAUCAUUGCUAACUGGUUCGAUUCAUUCGGCUGGUGAUCCGAUUGGUGACAUUGUAUGGCCUUCCAUGCAUUCAUCAAUGGAUCAUCAUUCAUAUCUACAGCAACAAGCUCGGUCAUCAACAAUGACUAACAAUACAGAUUCAUCAUCAUCGAUUACUAAUUGUGAUACAAAUAGUAGUAACACUAAUCUUAGCGCUGGUUCAGCUUCCGUACAUCAAGUUGUCCCUCCACAACAUCUAACGGAUGAAGUUCGAAAAUUAUCACUCGAAAAAGACGUGCUCAAUGAUACAAUAUCUAAAUUACGAGAAGAAAAUCAACGAUUACAUAUGGAAUCACAAACGGCAUCUCAACAACUUCGAAAAUUGACCGAAUGGUUUUUCAAUUCGAAUCCGAAUGCUGUGACAACGACGGCGUCGACUACUGUUUGUGAACCUUCACCAACUUAUUCCUCAAACACAACCAAUACGACCACAAUUUCGAUACAUCCUAAGCCAAAAUCGAUAACGACAUCAACACCAACAUCAAUUUCAACGACAACGACCGAACAAACAAUUCAAUAGAUCCGAUGCAAAGCCAAUUCUUAGUUGUGAUAUUCUCAUUUAUCAAAGACAAUUUUCUAACGAAACUUACCAUUGAUUUUAUCACAUUAUUUUUAUUUACUAACAUUAUACAUUUUUUUUUAAUUUUCACCGAUAUUAACAUGAUUUGAUUUCAUUGUAUUUAUUUAACAUUUCAUUGAUAUCGACAAAUUUGUAUUGCCAUUGUACAAUUGUGUAUACAAAAGUCAAAUUAACUUUUGAAUUGCAUAUAACGCACAGAAUAUUUAAUGUUUGCUCAUCAUCACCUUUUAAAUUUGAUUUAUUCAUUCAUUCCAAUUUUUUUUUGUCA